ACGGCCCAGAGCCGGGGGACGUGGGGGCUCUCGGGGCGGCGGCAUGGCUGAGGAGGAGAGAAGGAUUUCUCUACUUCACUCCCCGGGCAUGUGACCACAAUGAAAACCGAACUAAGCGAGGUUCUUCCCAAGCAGCGGAGGCAAGACCUCGGAUUGGAGAUCACAGUGAUGAAAGGCAGCGCCCGAAAUAAGGAACAUUCAUCAGAAGCCGAAGGAGCUGGGAAAAGACCAAAGAGAAAGUGUCUUCAGUGGCAUCCAUUGCUGGCAAAGAAACUUCCUGACUUUUCCGAAGAGGAAGAAGAAGAAGAGGAAGAAGAAGAGAUUGAUAAAGUCCAACUUCUCGGUCCCGAUGGUCCGGAGCAGGAUGUGGACGAGACGGAAGAUGACGAGUCUUCGGAGCAGCGAGCUCGUCGACCAAUGAACGCCUUCCUCUUAUUCUGCAAACGCCACCGUUCCCUCGUGCGCCAGGAGCAUCCACGUCUGGAUAACCGCGGCGCCACCAAGAUCCUGGCUGACUGGUGGGCCGUCCUAGACCCCAAAGAAAAGCAGAAAUACACAGACAUGGCCAAGGAGUACAAGGAUGCAUUCAUGAAAGCAAAUCCUGGCUACAAAUGGUGUCCAACCACAAACAAGCCUGUGAAAUCCUCACCACCUGCUGUUACAACUCGAAAAAAGCUGUGGACCUGCCCGCCCGACUCCGUGAAGGAUCUCUCCUCUCCCAAGAAAGCAAAGGCCGAAGACAUGCCUCAGCUCAAUUUUGGGAUGGCAGAUCCCACCCAGAUGGGAGGUCUUAGUAUGCUACUCUUAGCUGGGGAGCACGCCCUGACUGCACACGAGGUUUCCUCGGGCACCUGCCGGUCCGAAGCCUCCGACCCCGUGGGAUCCUGCCGUAAAUCGCCGCUGUUUCAGUUUGCCGAGAUAUCGUCCAGCGCAUCCCAUCCCAGUGUCCCCGAGAAUGUCAAGGCGCGGGAGGACUCCACCCUGUUCCAGUUUGCAGAGAUCUCCUCGAACACUUCACAGCUGGGUGGUCCUGAGAAUACAAAGCGCUGUGGAAAGUCUGCUCUCUUCCAGCUAGCAGAGAUUUCCACCAGUUUAUCACACUCAGGCCCUUCCGAUAUAUCAAAUCUGUACGGAGCAUCAGCUUUGUUACAGCUGGCCGAGAUGUGCCUGGCAUCAGAGCGGGUGAAGAUGGAAGAGUCGAGGGAGAUGACAAUAAAAGAACCUCAGGAUGGCAGGAUGGGAGCCAGUGAGGCCGAAAGGGCCCAGAAGGAAAUCCAGGUGGCGGGACCGGAGGAAGCCGUAGCUCAAGAGCGGGCUGGAUUUGAGAAUCAGGGUGACGAUAGGAUGCGAGCAGCCGGAGAAGAGAGGAAUGUUGAGGUGGGAGGCCCGGAUAAAGCGCGGAAGACAAAGCUCGGGGAUCACGAAGGUGCCAAGAAGGAAGGAGCAGAGGGGGAUCUGAAAUGUGGCCUCUCACUCUCGGUCACGAGCCGAUCUGUCAGAGAUGAGAGUCCCAGCAGACAGGAUCACCUCUGCCAUUCCAGUCCGCCUUCGGCCCAAGGAGACGCCGAAGGGCAGGGCAGACCAGAGAAACUGAAAAAGAAGAAGAAGAAGAGCAAAGCGGACCGGCAUGGGAACGAGAAAUCCACCCCCAAAAAGGCCAGUAAGAAGAGGCAGUCGUCGGAGUCCGACAUCGAGAGCGUCAUCUAUACAAUUGAAGCUGUCGCGAAAGGUGACUGGGGUGUGGAGAAGCUCGCGGGUGUCCCCCGGAAAAAAAUCCGCUCCCCAUCUGGCGGGAAGGGCGAGGCGCCAGACCCCAAGCCACCAAAGAAGAAAGUGAAGUCGAAGGAGAAGAAGCUGUCCAAGGAGAGAUCCUCCGAGACCACCAAAGAGCUGAACCUUCCCGAUCUCGUUAGUAUUACUGCCAACAAGGAGGUGCCUUGCCCCGUGCUGGAGAGGGUGAAGCCGGAAGCGGCGCCCCCGGGGGAGGAAGUCCCUCCCCAGAGCCUGUCCGCCGCUCAGGUCAAGACAGAGGACAGUGACUGUAACCGCAAAAUCGAAACGGGCGGCUCCCGGAAAUCAGAGCGGUCCUGCAAAGGGGCUCUGUACAAAACACUGGUGUCGGAGGGCAUGCUCACGUCCCUGCGGGCCAACGUCGACCGAGGUAAACGAAGCUCAGGAAAAGGCAACUCUUCGGACCAUGAAGGCUGCUGGAAUGAAGAAAACUGGGCCUUCACCCAGGGUGUGACCAGCGGAAGCAAGAAGCUGAAGAGGCCAAAGCCAAAGGAAGAAUUUGCCAUUGGCUUAGCCAAGCUGGAAGAGGAAUUUGAGAAAAAAUUCAACAGCCUCCCUCAGUACAGCCCCAUCACAUUUGACCGGAAAAGCGCUUCUGUUCCCAGAAAGAAGAAGAAGAUCGGAAACGUGUCAGCGGAGCAGCUGAAACCCAGCAAAGGUUCAAUCCAGUCUCAGAAAAAGCACCUAUUCCACAAAAUUGUCAGCAAAUAUAAGCACAAAAAGGAGAAGGCUAAUGUUCCAGAAAAAGCCAUAUUUCCCGAAGACAAAGCCCCGACGGAGCCGGCUCGGAAGAGUAAGAACGCUGCCGCGACCCCGGACAGCGCGGAGUCGGCGGCCACACACGAGCCCCUGGUCGGCAGCCAGAAGCGGAAAGCGAGGAAAACGAAGAUCACCCACCUCGUCAGGACGGCCGACGGACAGGUGUCCCCGGCCGGGGAGUCUCUAGAUGACAGAGCCAAGGAGCAACUGCAGAGCGAGCUUCCCAAGGCGGCGGGCGCCGAGCCGGAUGGCGGCGAUGAGUUCCCCGGAAGCACCGAGGCAGAGGAGGCGCAUCGCGUCGCAGACAUGCCAGCUGUGUCUGCCUUCUUCAGUCUCGCUGCCCUGGCUGAGGUGGCAGCCAUGGAGAACGUGCACAGAAGCCAGAGGGGGUCUCCGUUGGCCCGCGACGGACAGCCGAAAGAAAGACCCCAGGCUCCCGUACUCAUCUCCUGCGCCGAUCAGUGAAUGCCCCACUUUAUUGUAAAACAGUGUGCUUUCCCGAUUAUCCUAGCCUUGUCUUUAUUGAGGAAAGCCAGUCAGCCCAGCGGAUGGGAAAUAGAGACUUCCCGUAAGUGCUUAUCCACCCGCACGGCCCAGAUUUCACUUGAAGCCAGAAGCUAAGACCUCGGGCCUGGUUCAGCCCAAGGACCCCGGACACUUCGAGGGUGAUGGUAUUUGUCCGCAAAUUCACGAACAGAAAACGGAAUUGUCCUGGAACUUUGCUUUCUAUUGAAGGCUCUUACUGGUAAAUAGAUGGUUCUUGGGAAGCGGCGGCUCGUAGAGCAAAACCGUCUUCACCAACCAGAGAGUGGGGAAAAACUAGUUUCGUAUAAUACUUAGUUAUUCUAAAAACAAAACAAAAACUGACGCACUGCACUAGUUAUUAUUAGAUAUUCUUAGUCAUUUUUGUACAUGAAGAUUUAAGUUCUAAGAUGGUUUAUAUAAUAGGUUAUGCCGACAUUUAUAUUGUAGGAGAAAUUUAAAGUCCCGUUCCGGAAAAAUCCCAAACAGCCUGGAGCAGGCGCGCCAUCGGUAAGCGGUGUGUGCUGGCUUCACGGCUCACAUCUUUCUGCACUUUGAGAAUUGCCACUGAGAGUGGUGGUUUUGCUGGUAAAAACACAAGCAAAGUCUGGUUGUUCUUACACGUCGCGUUUUGUUUUUCCUUCCUUCCUCUCCCUCGCGUCCCCUCCCCCCCCCUUAGGAAUUGCAAUGGGCAAAUCGUGGUGAAUCUCCCCCCACCUUACCUCCCCCGUCCCCCCCACCGCUGGGGUAAGAGCCCGGAGGUUUAAUAUGCGUGUCUAAUGCUUCGAGGUUUUGGUUAUUUUCGCUUAGGGGCCUGCAAGGGGCGGGAAUGUUGAAAGAAGCAAAACUAA